CCAGGAAGGUGAUGUGAGGCAGGACUGAGCAGCAAAACAGUGGGCGCUGUGGGUCUGAGCGGGGGUGGGGUAGUGGGCACUGUGGGUCUGAGCCAGGGGAGCAGUGGGCUCUGUGGGUCUGUGCUGGGGAGCAGUGGGCUCUGUGGGUCUGAGCCAGGGGAGCAGUGGGCUCUGUGGAUCUGAGCGGGGGGUUAGUGGGCACUGUGGGUCUGAGCGGGGGGGGGGGAACAGUGGGCACCGUGGGGCUGACCCGGGGGCAGGGUGGUGCUUGGUGCAGUGGGCACUGUGGGUCUGAGCAGGAAGGUAGUUAUCACUCUGGGCCUGAGCUGAAGGGGCAGUGAUCACUCUGUGCCCGAGCAGGUGGACAGUGGGCACCUAGAGCUGAGCAGGAUGUCUGUGAUUGCUAGGAGCCUGUCUGCCCGGUGCCUGGUACUGAAUCACUUCCCUGCUGCCUGCCAGCCUCGCCUGAAAAGCUAUCAGCGCACAACAGAAGCUAUACCUGAAAACAAGAAUGUGGGCAAACGAGAGAGAAAAUGCUCUGAGGAUAGCAGUGACACCCAGGGAAAGUCCUGGCCCUGGUACGUUGCGGAACGCCUACGACAGUUUGAGAAACUGAAGAGCGAUCACGAAGAGAUGUUGAGGGAGAGGAUUUUACGAGAGAGCCGACCGAUUGAGGUCAGGCUGUCGGGUGGGAAGAGUGUGGAGGGCCAAUCGUGGAAAACCAGCCCGUACGACGUCGCGAUCAGCUGUGGCCUGUCGGAGAGUGCCAUCGUUGCCCGGGUUAACGGCGAGCUCUGGGACCUCCUGCGCCCCCUGGAGGCCGACUCGUCCGUGGAGCUCCUGGAGUUCGACAAUGAGGCAGCUAAAGCGGUAUAUUGGCAUUCCAGUGCCCACCUGCUUGGUGCUGCCAUGGAGCAUCUGUAUGGGGGCUUGCUGUGCCGCGGACCCCCCACGGAAUAUGGCUUCUUCUAUGACAUCUUCAUGAAUGGCAGAUCUGUAACCAGGAGCGAUUUCCCCGAACUAGAAAGGACAUGCCUGUCGAUGAUAGGAGAGAGACAUCCGUUUGAGAGAGUAGAGGUGCCGAGAGAGGAGCUUUUGGAGCUAUUCCAGUACAACGAGUUCAAGUUGCGAUUCAUUGAGAGUAAGGUGAGCACGCCGACGGCAACAGUUUACAGGUGUGGCUCGCUGGUGGAUCUGUGUCGGGGACCUCACAUCAGACACACAGGACAGAUCAAAUCUUUCCGAAUCGAGAAG